UUUCGGCCUGCUGCCUGCAUUGAUUAUCUGCGGCGAGGAAGUUCCAAGGAUGGCAUCUACAAACUUUACGAUAAGACUGGAAAGAGUUACCCAGCUUACUGUGACCUGAAGUCCGAGCCAGGAACUGCAUGGACUCUGGUGAUAUCAUGGAGUACCUGUCAUCGAAGGCUCCCAGCAUUUUUCACCAUUCCCUUCAAGUAUAACUCCCCAGUGAACGAGAACGCCCACAACUGGAAUAUCUACCGCUUAAGUCUGACGCGAAUGAGAUCCCUGCAGGCUCACUCCACCCACUGGCGAGCAACAUGCAGCUACCCGACUCACGGCAUCGAUUUCAAAGACUACCUCCGCGGAAACUUCCAGGACUUCAACAUCUUUGAUUAUGUUGGUGGAGGCACGUGCAAGAAAGUGGAUUUCAUCAACAUCCGCGGACACGUGGGGACGCAUCUGACUGCGCCUUUCUGGCAGAAGCUAAAUACAUGGACUCUGCAUACUGAUAGCUCACUGGGUCACUGCCAAUUUACGGCGGCAACGUCUGGCGCAGUCUCAAGUGAAGACAACUUUGGCUGGUACGGGGACGGCAUCAGCACCAAAUUCCGCUGCACACAGGGAGGCCAAUCCACUACCCAGUGGUGGUUCGGAGCUCAUCUUUGAUCUUCCCGCAGACGCAAAGCCUGCAUUGCUGACUACAGCCUUUAUGAGAGAUCAUUAUAAGCACUAGAGUAACUUGAAUACCGUUCAAUUUGUAACAGAACAGAGGCUGUUUCGUAGAUUGAAAAAACAAAAAGUCGUGUAAUAAUGCAGGCAGCUUAAAAAUAAAAGAUUGAUUAUCACCUAUAUAUCGUUUGUGAAUUUACUUGUGCAUUAUAUUUAAAACUAUCCAAAACGUAAUACGUAAACGUAAGUAAUAGUUCACUGACUGUCUCUCAUUGAAAUAAAUUUCAAGUUCCUACAAUCCUCUCUUACUAACAUUUAGAUCUCCAAAAUUAAAGUUGUUGAUGAAACAAUGCAACAAACAUGAUCCUUACGCUGAAGGAUUGAUGGUAGAAACAGUUUGAAGCAGAAGCAAAGGAAUACUGACCCCUUCAUCCAAAUAACUUUUUAGGAUCCCGAAAGUACAUGCUUUCAUCUAAACAAACAGCGAUCAACAAUAACAGGGGCGCACCCAGGGAAGAACUCAAGGGGUUCUGGAUUCCUCAAUGGGGGCUUGCCCCUCCCCCCCUCUCAAUCACGCCCCCUAUGUUCUCUUUGUAAAAAAACGGCAUGCGUAUGGCACUGCUAGUAGUUUUUAAAAGGUGAAGACCAAACAAGGGUCCAAUUAUUGUAUAGAAAUUGAACAAUAGAAAGGCAAAUGAACUAUAAAUUUAACAAGGCCCGGUUUCUAUAGACAAAAAUAGAGCAAAACUGAGGUUUGACCAUGCAUAGGGGUACACUCAAUCUUUUUGUAGCCGCAUUUGCAAUUUGUAGGUUAAACUGAAAGUCGAACAGAUUUCAUUGUACAAAACAGAGGGGCUCCAUUUUUCAAUCUUGAGAGACGAAAGAAUUACUUAGUUUAAGAGGCAGUCCAGAGUAAAUGGCAAAUACAAAAUGCUUGAAAAUCAUAUUUUACGACAACAUACCGCAGGUAAGGGAUGCCAUUUAUUUGGGAUUAAUUUAUUAAAAGUUGACAUGCAAAGCGCGAGCGCUUCGUUAGCGAACUGGUGGGAGAGAGUCAAGGAAAUUAAGUAGGAAAGUAAAUUGGGUGAUGUUUCGUUUAUACUUGAAUUUAUAGACGCUCUUUCUGUCUUCGGUUUAUCAAGUUAAAAUGCCCUUGUUUGAGAAGACUGAACUUUAUUCAUGCCCUUGUUUACAUUUUGGUCCAUCGUUUGUAUGUUUAAUGUCUGUGGCAGCUUUUGACUGGGACCAGUUGGCUAAAAAUCCGACAACACAGGCGGAAAGAUAAAGCUCCGCAAAAUUGAGGAAGUUCACAGAUGUUUGUGUGGUGGGGGCAGGGCACGUAGAAUUGAAAGAACUUUGUGACAUGAUGAAACUACUGGGCAGUCCAUUAAAGGGUUUCGUUGAGCCAGGUACCUUACAGUUUGAAAGUCCUGACUCUUUCCAAGGUCUGUCCCUUUACGGUUAGUGAUAGGACAACCGUUUAUACUAAGAUAGUGAGUUACUGACAUUUGUUUCGCUGCACACAGGGUACCCAAUCCACCACCCAGUGGUGGUUUGGAGCACAUAUCUAGAAUUUUCGGAGAUGCAACAGCUUUACAUCUGCUGGCUCCAAAAUGGAAAUUUACCCCCUUAAAAUUGAUCUAUAACAAGCACUGAUUAAAGGAUGAUUAAAACGGAAGAAUCCAGUAGUGACUCACAAGAAUGAAAUCAGUAAAAAAAAUGCCGCGAUAGAAGAGCGGCAGUGAAAGCCUGUUUAGAAAUAAGAAGUUUUAUCGCAAAAAUGUAGCAGAUGAUUUUAAAAUGGACAGCGUUUUGGUAAAGAACAUCAAAACAUAGAAUAAAACACAACUUUUGCGUUAAUUCUCGCUCAGUGAAUUCCCCUGUGGAUAUCAGGAAAAAGAUCAGGACACACGUCUAUUUUGCAAUGAAAAAAUUCUGACCAUCAGGAAGUACCCGCUUCAUAUUUAUGCUGCCAUGCAGUUCAUUGACCAUGCAAGAGGGGAUGGUAGUGAGGGUAGAGUUUCUUGUUUAAGAAGUAAUUUGAUAGCUGCUUGAUCACCUUUCAGCCCCGGGGGGGGUCAGCAACAACGCAAGAUUUACUUUUCAGUAUUAAUGAAAGAUGAGAACUGCUUAAUCACCUUUCAGCAACGCACAUUUUCUCCCGGUUAGGGCAUAUCAUUUAUUGCCAUCGUUAUCACUUUUCAAAUAAUAAUACCAUUUUCGUGGUAAAAAGUUACAGAAAAAGUCACUCGAUAACAGUAGUGAAUUAAUCUAACAGGGUGAAGGGGUGAAGAUAUAAUUUGCAGGUAAUUUUUUAUUUCAGUUAUUUUUUGCUUUUCCUUUGAUGGCAAAUUCAUUAGCAGCAUUAGCAUACAUUACCUAAAAAAUUAACUGCAACGUAUAAAAGUUAAAAAAGGAAAAGGUUGAAAAAUCAACAUUACUAUUAGCUGUUAUUUAAAAGUAGCAACAGACUAAAGCAGUAUCAAAACAACUCUAAUAUUACAAAUCAAGAAGUAAAGGAUAUUUGAAAUUACUGCUGAAUAAUGUACGUAAGUAAUGAGGUAAUAGAUAGUCGGAAGAUUUUUAGAGUGUCUCUUACAAUUAACAACUACCACACGAUGAUUUUUGCGUUGAUAUAUUUUGACGUUGUUGAUCAACAACAAAUUAUUGCCCCCGCAGGGAUUUUGCCCCGAGGCGAAAUCCAGAGGAGGCACCCUAGUAACUCGCGCGUAUAUUAAGGACAGUACUUACAGUUCAAAUAUACAGUCAGUAUACUAAAAAAAUCUCGAUUUGCUCGAACAGGGGCCGCGAGGAAUCGGUAGGUAAUGAUGACGUUUCUAUUGUUUGUGCCCGCAAGUACGAAAUGGUUAGGAUGACGUAAAGACAGAAAAUCCCGAAGGGACCGCUCAGGUAGAUUUUGUGACAUUUAUUGUGCAGUCAUCCUUCGAUACUCUUUUGUGUUACGCAGUGACAUUCUGAGGAGCAGUUGUUUUGAAAGUUAUGGACCAAAAGACACUGGUUAAGCGCAGAUGAGGUUAUAAGGUGCGUUUUAACUGUUUAUAUAUAAACACUUGGAGAGUUUGCCAGACAGGAAUUCACAAAUCUUUGAUUUAUAUUGGAAACCUUGCCAGACACUCUUUCAUGCUCUUUCUCUCUCUUUGACCGGAACAUAGUUAAUUGAGUGGAAUGGUUAUGAAACCCGUCAGACUCCUUUGUUAUAUGUUUUUGUGGACCUGAAGGUGCACAACGUUCAAAAGAAUUCCUAUCAUUUUGAUUGUAUUGACCAAUAAAAACGUUGCAUUAAUUUAUUCCGUAACAAUUUGCCAACAGAAAACAAAGGAUUGUGCACUUUCACGGUGCUUUGAACAUAAACUGCAGCACUGUUGUUUUUAUCAUUGACGUUUGCCGCUUUUCAUAACCAGUCUCCUCUAAUAACUAUGACCGGAAUAAGACUCAGCCCCAAACAAGCAAGACGAGUGAACAACGGCUAGCUUAUCACUAGCAGAUUGAUGGACAAUUACAGAAAAGCACCGACAAUCAUAUUCUGUGCUGACUUAUUCCCUGCUCACAGAUGUCCUUCCUUUAUAACUAUGCGCGAGUGUGAGUCGAUCAAACAUCCUUUUAAUUUUUAAGGCUUACUUUCCGGCAAAUAAAAUGAACUGAAUGUAAAAAGUGAAAGAGAAAUAGCGAAAAAUUCAACUUCUAAUUAAAUCUUUUCUUAUGGUUUAGAAUAAACUAUUCUCGAAACUGAGAAUGUUUUGAUCAAAGUUGUGUAAAUCGAGCUGAAACUGCCGUGCAUGCAACCUUGCGUUUCCUGUAUUUAUCACACCUAUUGUAUGGAAUAUGUGUGAAAUUCUUCAUUAUGAAUCGGUAUAUUUCAAAGUGCUACGCAACCAGCAAGAAUACUAUUGACCGACAAUAUACAGAACGGGGGCAGCUGUAGUGUCAACUAUUACUAGUUAUUUUGGCGGGUAUUUUGUAUUAAUAUUAAUAAUAAUAAUAAUAAUAAUAAUAAUAAUAAUAAUAAAAAAAUAAUAAAACAAAACUUUAUUCAUAGAUUUUAAAAAAUAGACUAUUUACAGAUUCAAGAAUAUGAAAUAUUAAAAUAUAUACCCUAUGUACAUUUUUCUUGUCUACGAAAGAGAAUUGUUGUAAAAUGACUAUCUAAAGACUACUAAUAACAAUUAUAAAAAGCAUCAAAAAGUUGAUAAAAAAAAUAAAAAUAAUAAUAAUAAUAAUAAUAAUAAUAAUAAUAAUAAUAAUAAUAAUAAUAAUAAUAACAAUAAUUGCCCCCGCAGGGAUUUCGCCCACAUGGCGAAAUCCCAAGGAGGCACUCUAGUAACUCGCGCGUAUAUUAAGGAAAGUACUUACAGUUGAAAUAUACAGUCAUCCAGUCAAUAUAGAAAAAAUCUCGAUUUGCUUGAACAGGGGCCGCGAGGAAUCGGUAGGAAAUGAUGACGUUUCUAUUGUUUGUGCCCGCAAGUACGAAAUGGUUAGGAUGACGUAAGGACAGAACAUCCCCAAGGGACCGCUUAGGUACCCUGGGUACCAGAGGUUUUUCUCGCGUGCGGUGGGAAUUUUCGGUGUUGGCCGAAGGCCGACACAAACCGCGCUAGAAAAGUCUCUGGCACCCAGGGUACCGCUUAGGUAGAUUUUAUGACAUUUAUUGUGCAGUCAUUCUUCGACACUCUUUUGCGUUACGUGUUAUCAGUGACAUUCUGUGGAGCAGUUGUUUCAGUGAAAGUUAUGGACCAAAAAUUUAAAGACACUCGUUAAGCGCAGAAGAAGUUAUAAGGUGCGUAUAACUGUGUAUAUACAAAAACUUGGAGAGUUUGCCAGACACGAGUUCACAAAUCUUUCAUUGGAAGCCUUGCCAGACUAGACUACGAGCAGUCUCUCUUUUUUCUGUAGUCCGUCGAGCAAAACGCGAGACACGCAAAUGGCCACGUGCGUGACUGAUGGCGCCCUCGUUUCGCGCGUCUCGCGGCUUCGCCGCUUCCACGGGCCUGCAUUGCUCUCACUAAAUCUGAAGAAAAAGAGACACUACUCGCAGUCUAUUGCCAGACACUCUUUCUCUCGCUUUAACCGGAAUGGCUCGGAUGACCACGUAAAAUGGCGGUCCCGUCUCCAGUUGGAGACGUAAAAUAUAGUGUCUCCAAUUAGUACUUUCGUGCUAAAUACACUGACACUCAAAUAAAGUGCUUUUUUAAGUAUAUAUUUCAAAGAGCUACAAAACGAGCAACAAUGCUAUUGACCGACAAUAUACAGAGCGGGGGCAGCUGUAGUGUCAACUAUUACUAGUAAUAACAACGAUAAUAAUAAUACAAGCUUAUAUAACGCUGUUUCUAGGAAUUCAACAGCGCUUUACAGUAUUUACAAUAUUUAUUAAAAUAUCAAAACUAUUAUUUAAACCAAUUAAUUAAAAACUCUGAAGGCUAUCAACUUGUCAACUUGCUAUCAACUAAACUUAAUCAAGGCGAAUUUACAUAAUUGUUGAUACAAGUUGUAUUAUUGGGUAAAAAAAAAUGAACACAUAGUUAUCUACCUUUUUUUCACUUAAUUUAUAAACUGAUACAGUAUCAAGCGAUCCGCAACUUUUUUAAUCUUCAAGUUACUUUGGCCAAAAGGCCUUUUAAAAACAUUACCCGGCAGAUAAAAGCAAUUUGGCUUCUAAAGGAAUAACCCAUAACAUCUCAUGACUGCGAAGCGAGUAAAGCCCUCCGGCUUCCUCCGGCUACAAUAGCAACCCUUAAAGUUCAAUCUUCCGUAGCUAACGAGUUAUGGGGAAGGGUUUUCAUGUUUUAUAUUUAUUCACAUCACUUUUGUUACUAGUUGCAUAUUAGCAACAAAUGCUUUAGUUGCUUUUUCAAUUCAUCAUCGGCUAGUAAGCAUUGAGUUCGGUAACAGUUCUAACACCACACGUUAAAGCGGAUUUCAGGCGGAGAAACGGCGAUGGCAUUUAAGAGCGUCUUGAUUUUUAGCGUUGGUGUGCAUUUGCUUGGAGUAAGUACUUCCCGACAAAAAAAAUUGUAUGACUUGAGAAUGAGGAAAAAAGGCGCCGGCCUUGUCAUGUCACUAAGAGUUGUAAAACAUUUAGUUUUCGCGCGUGCUAGGAAAGUCAUCAAGUCUAAGAGAAUAUCACAUGUAACCGGCUAUCCUGCAGUCGUAUCAGAAAAGGGUGGACACAAGUAUAGACUGAAAUUAAAAGCGACAUUCUCAAAUAAUAUCAUCGUUAAAUGCGUGACAAUAUUAAUUUAACCGCCUAAGUAUCAGUGACCAAAAUAUAACAAAAAGUAUAUGAAACUCUUAUAUGCAGUGCUUUGAACGACUGAAAGAUUCUUGUUCUAUUCUUUCAGACACUAGUAGCGGCCAGUGUUGAUGCUAGACAGCAGAAAGGUGGUAAAAACGUUGUCAAUAUACAUAUUACAAUGAAUUGCAAGGUAUGUUAAUAUUAAUUCUUGUAUCAUCUUUCAACAUUAAUUUUAACUUUUUAUAUACACGCGAACAAUGACGAGGUAAUCAGUUUCCCAAAAGGAUUCCUAACAAAGUUAUCGCACCCCUGCCUCAUUCUUCUAAGUACAUUAUUUUUCUUUUAAGUUUUUUUUUGUGUAACUUUUUAUUUGUUUGUUCUAGGAAAGUAAGGAAAAGCCAGCUAAAUUCCGGCCCACCACUUGCGUUGAUUAUCUACGUCGAAGAAGUUCUAAAAAUGGCAUCUACAAGCUUUACGAUUCCAAUGAAAACAGUUACGCAGUUUACUGUGACCUGAAGUCUGAGCCAGGCACCGCAUGGACUCUGGUGAUGUCAUGGACCUCUCGAAAUCGAGGUCUUUCAAAAUUCCACAGCAUUCCCUUCAAGAUAAACGCGCCAGUGAAUGAGACCGCCCAAAACUGGAAUCAGUACCGACUGAGUUUGGCCCGAAUGAGAUCACUGCAGGCUCACUCCACCCACUGGCGAGCAACAUGCAGCUAUCCGACCCACGGCAUCGAUUUCAGAGACUACCUGCGUGGAAAUUUCAAGGACUUCAACGUCGUCGAUUAUAUUGGGGGAGGCCAGUGCAAGAGAGUGGAAUACAUCAACACCCGGGGAUACUUGGGCAAGAAUUUGACGGUGCCUUUCUGGCAGUACCUUCAUGAAGGCCUGCACACUGACAGUUCAGCCAACACUAACUGUCAGUUUAAAGCGGCAAGGAUUGGUGCUGUGGGAAGUGAAGAUAAUUUUGGUUGGUAUGAUAGCUACAACCCAAAGUUUCGCUGCACAACGGAUACCCAGUCCACUACCCAGUGGUGGUUUGGAGCUCAUCUCUAA